CUAGCUAAUAAGGGCUCUGCAAACAGACCCAUCUUUGACUUGACAUGAAGACAGGACCAGACAUGGGAAACAAGAGAAGCUCUGAGCUCAUGCUCUUCUUCCUGUUUUUUGAUGCUCUUUGCCUCGAGGUAUUUACCACAGGGAUAACAAUUAACUGUCCAUCUCAGAAGUUGAACUGGACAGAGGCGAGACUGUACUGCCAGAAGAAACACACUGACUUGGUAACUUGGAACAUAGUGGACAUAUCCCAGCUGGCUGAGUUUUUGGUGGGCAUUAAGGUCCAAAAAGCCUGGAUUGGCCUACUCAGAGACCCUGAAAAUGCCUCAGUCUGGAAGUGGAUAAAUGUAAAAAGUGGAACGGGGAUCUCAGGAGACGACCUCUCACAGAGCAACUACUGGGCCCAUGGAGAGCCCAGCAGUAACUGUGCAGUUGUGAAAGAGGAUUUAAUGUGGCACAGUGUGACGUGUUCAGAUGCAUAUGAUUUCUACUGCUCAGAAAAGGAAAGCACUUACCAUCACAACAAUAGCCUUAACUGGUACAACGCUUCUCAGUACUGUAAGAAUGAAAGUGAUGGUGACCUAGCCACCAUCACCAUAAUAAACACUGAUGAAUUUGAGAAACCGGGCUGGAUUGGACUGUACCGAGAGGCUGGUGAGACCUGGAGCUGGAUCGGACAACAGACAUCUGACUACAGAAAGUGGGCCCACGGAGAGCCACUCACCGCUGACUGUGGCUCUUUUAAUCCUAAAAAUGUAACAUGGCACAGCAGCAAGUGCUCCGACAAGCAAAGCUUUGUCUGCUAUGAUGAUGGCAUGGUGGUGGUGAAUGAGAACAAGACAUGGGAGGAUGCCCUGAUGCACUGCAGGGGCAUGGGAACCCAGUGUGAGGACUCCUUGAGGCCCUGCAGAUACCUCUAUGACCUCCUGAGCCUGAGCGUCUUGUCUAACUAUGUCAUCGACAGGAUCUACAGGGCCACGACCGAUGAGGUUUGGACAGGCCUGCGCUUCCUGGGAGGGGAGUGGUGUUGGGUGGAUGGACAACAGCUGGGAGACCAGGGGAUGCUGCCUGACUGUCCGUCCCAGUGGAAACACUGUGGGACCCUGUCCAAAUACCACACGAAGAACUGGAUCAUCAGGGACUGCUCAGAAAGAAGAAACUUUGUCUGUUACAAAGUAAAUGUCUAAUAGUAAUCUAAUAGUAGCUAAUAAAACAAAGUAAGAGCAUGUUUAGGGUUUAGAACAUUUCAAUUCUCCAUUGUUAAAGCCUGUUUUGUCUGUAGCGGUACACAUUGAGCUCUCUCUAUUACAAGGUUCUAUAUUCUUUAGUGAUCAUCUUUUGUUGAAAAUAGAAGAUACUCAGAUAUGUAUAUGUCCUGAUUUAUUAUUUGCCAGAGAGUGAGAAAGAAUAUAACAACACAAAUAGUGAGAAUGUCCUUUGACUCUCUUUUACCUUUAUCAAAAAGAGAUGUGUUGUGACCAUGGACUGUAUAAAACAGGUUGUGACAAAAAACAACUUUUGCCUCUUGUUUUUUUUUUUUUUGUGACCGUUAACUUGCUUGUGUAAUCCUUACUGUAGAAAUUAAAAUGGAAAACAAAUAUGAUGCACGUAUGAAUAUUAUUGUUUAUACUACUUAAACUUAGUCAAACUCUCAUCAUUAACAUUAAAUCAUUGCUUGCUCCAGCUGUAUUCCUUCAGUGCUGGGAGCCUAUCACUUGUUAUACUGU